UCCUGUCCUUCUCCUCUGGUGGAUACACAGCAGUAUCGGCCAUUCUCCGAGAGCUGACCUCCUCCAACUGUUACCAGACACUAUUUACUUGCCCCUACUGCUAUCAAAAAAUGUUCAGCCUUCUAUAUGAAUGGGACCAAGCUUACUGGCACGACCCGCGAGCAUUCAUCAGAUCUUUGACCUUUAACGCCUUGGAUCUCACACAUACCUGUUUCAGCAAUACCAAGAAAGGCUGCGUUAUUACGAGGAAUCAGCAUCCAGAUGAUGAAUAUUACAUCAAUGAGGAUUGUGACCAGCAAUCAUCACUAGAUGGAUUUGAGAAAUUGCUAGCAGAGCUGGAGCAAAAAUUCGACGAGCUUCGUCUUCCUUUGCAGGAAUUCGUCACCGGGCAUUGGUACAGACGUGUCAAAGACUAUCUCCUCACACCACAGAACCGAGAUGAGCAGCAUAUCAGGGAUGCAAGAGACAUUGGGGUUGUACUGGAGUUUCAUGGCCUUUUUGUGCCUGAUUGGAUUGAGAAUUGGAUUGCACCGAAAGUGGAGGAAGUGAAUGAUUCGAAGGACGAGAAUCAUACUAUAUAAUGGAGUACGAGCAAUUUCUCAUCACUGAGAAGUAUCGAACGAUUUGUUUCAAGUCUCGUCAUCUAGAACUUACUCUUCAAAGGAACAACUAGUGUGUGUUUUACUAGAAGA